CCUCCUCACAGGCUUUUCUUUUUAAAAGUCCUUCGCUGUUGGCGCCGUCCUCCCGUUGCUGGGGAUUUCUGGGCUGGGCUUGAGAAAGCGAGUGUGCGAGGAGGGAGGGUGAGAGAGGAGCGGAGCGGGGUGAAGGGAGGGAGAUCGGGAGCCACCUCAGCUCGGACGGACAAGCGGAGACAUAGCGGCCGAGCAUGGACAUCAUGGGGAUCGAAUGAGCGCUGUUUCUGCCCCUCAGGAGAGCCACAGGCUGGAGUCGGGAAAUGUCCGGCAAGCUGGAGAAACAAGAUUCCCAACGCUCCCACCUGAGCUCAUUCACCAUGAAGUUAAAAGACAAAUUUCAUUCACCAAAAAUAAAACGAACUCCCUCAAAAAAGGGAAAACCAGUAGAAACAACUGUUAAGACCACUACAGAAAAGCCUCCAAAUAAGACUUUAAAUCGGCUAGAGGAACAAGAAAAGGAAGUAGUCAGUGCACUGCGGUAUUUUAAAACCAUUGUCGAUAAAAUGGUAAUUGAUAAAAAAGUACUGGAGAUGUUGUCUGGUUCAGCCAGCAAAGUCUUAGAGGCCAUCUUGCCAUUAGUACAAGUGGACCAACGCAUUCAACAAAGCUCUGCCAUCACAUCCUGUUUAAAUCAGGUGUAUCAAAGCCUGGCCAAUCUGAUUCGCUGGUCUGAUCGGGUAAUGCUAGAAGGUGUGAAUCUAGAUGAAAAAGAAAUGGUGAAUGCGAUGAUUAAGGCAGUGCUCGAUGGAGUGAAGGAGCUUGUGAAACUGACAAUAGAGAAACAAGAGCAGCCAUCCCCCACCUCUCCAGUGAAACCCAUCCAGCCAACAGCUAAAACUGACAGUGUAACAGAGCUUCCCUUGACUGACCGUGAAAAGGAGAUUUUAACAAAAACUACUCCAAUGACAAGAUCGCUGGAGGCAUUUUCAGACUCUGCGGAUGGGGAAUGUGCUCCACCAAAGCCACCACUGCCUGGUAUUCGUAUCAUGGAGCAUGGCAGUCCUGGUUCUUCAGUUUUACCACCUCUACCGCCCAAAAAGAGACAGUCUGCACCCUCACCAACCAGAGUGGCAGUAGUGUGUCCUAUGAGUCGAACUACCAGUGGUUCUAGUAUACCUAAUACCAGGCAGGAGUUUGACAGUUUGGAUUGUUAUUUGCAAAGGCGGCUGUCUGGUGGCAGCCACUCCUAUAGUGGAGAAUCACCAAGGGUAUCUCCCUGUAACAGCAUAGGAAAGCUGAGCAAAUCGGAUGAACAGCUGUCUUCACUGGACAACGAUAGUGGACAGUGUUCACAGAACACAAGUUGUGAAACACUUGAUAAUCCAGAAAAUUAUGAUCCCGAUUAUGAUUUCCUGCAUCAGGAUCUUUCGAAUGUUGAUCAGAAUUCGCAACACAUUUCAGGCAUGCUAAGCCCAUUACCAGAGUCAGCAGUAGAAUCCAGUUCACCUCUUCCUGGGCAAACAUUUACUUCACAAGGAGUGCCUGACUGGCGGCUGGGGCCACAGACUAAUGCUUCACAAAUGCAAAUACCACCGGCAUUACCAGAGAAGAAACGCAAGAGUGUUGGUUCAUCAGAGAGUUCAGGAUCUAGGGUUUCUUAUGAGAGAUUUCCUUCACAGUAUGACAAUAUUUCAGAGGAAGAAAUGCAGAAUUCUGCUGUGCCAACAGUGCAAUACCCUCCAUUUGCUGUAGUUUCACCGAGGCAACAAGGAGUUCCAUCAAUGUCAGUUGGAUUCCAGGAUAUUGAUGUUUCAGAAAUGGCAGGAGUACCUGAGAAGCCACCUCCGCUCCCAGAAAAAAAGGCCAGGCACAUCCUUGCAUACAUGCAAUUUGUGGAAGAUUAUUCUGAGCCACAGCCUCACGUUUUUUAUCAGACACCACAGAAUGAACAUAUAUAUGAGCAGCGGAACAAACGGUUUCAGGAAGUCUAUGGAUUCAAUGACUCCUUCAGCAGCACUGAUUCAUCACUAGAGAUUCUGCCUCCUCCAGCUCUGCCACCCAAACAAAGACAACUGGCAUCCUAUGCUGCUGCAUCAUCUUCUUCCUAUUCUUCAUCCUCCUCAUUCUCCUCCUCAUUUUCUUUGUCCUCCUCCUCUUUCUACCUUCAGCAGUCGAAAGCCCUUGUCCUGCCUGAGGACGCCAAUACUGCUACCAGUAUCAGCAUGUCCGUCUCCAAUUCCUUCCUGAGUCGUCACAACUCCUUAUCUUCAUCUUCGUUCAAGUCGGUUUUUAGAUCCUAUUCGCAGGACUUUGUUCCUCACCAUCAUACCUCUGCAUCUCCUUCUCUUUGCACUAUUUCCUCCCACUUUCCAGUUGUGCAUCAAUCAAGGAGCUCCGAUCUAACCUUGCCAGGCUCAGCAGGCAUAGUGAAAGCUACGGAACUGCUGGACCGCUCUCAUGACAAUGCAAAGCCUGUUCCUGUCUGCCUUCCUCCUGCAUCUGCUUUUCCCACCUCUCUCCAAACUACUUCGAGCGAGAGCAAUAGUGAGGAUGCUGGUGAGGGUGAAUACGUUAAUCUGUAUUCAUCCAGCCAAACCAAUGGAGACCUCUCUCACCCUGAAGCAGAAAUACCGAUGUGUGCUGAUACUGAGCCUGUAGACUCUCCUAACGAAGAAGAGCUCCUUCACAAUGAUUUUUCAAAAUCAACUAAUAUAAAGGAAAACCAAGAUAGAAGUGACAGGCGAACAGAUGCACAGAAUUUAUCUGACUUGGAUCAAAAUGAUGAAAUGGAUGAAUUAUCCCUCAUAAAUCAUGAUGAAAUUAUGGCUCGAUUGACACUGAAACAAGAGGGAGAAGAUGGUCCAGAGGUACGAGGAGGCUCAGUAGAUAUUCUCAUAGUGCAUGCAACUGAGACAGAUCGUAAAGAUUUAGUCCUUUACUGUGAGGCAUUCCUGACGACCUAUCGGACAUUCAUUCCACCCGAGGACAUCAUCAAGAAACUACACCAUCGUUAUGAGAAGUUUUGCCACUGUCCUGACACAUUCAAAAAACGGGUGAGCAAGAAUACAUUCUUCGUUUUGGUACGAGUGGUGGAUGAACUCUGUUUGGUAGAGCUAUCGGAUGACAUCCUGAAGUUGCUAAUGGAACUUGUGUUCCGUUUAGUAUGUAGUGGUGAACUGAGUCUGGCCCGAGUUCUAAGAAAGAAUAUUCUGGAUAAAGUAGAUCAGAAGAAGACGGUGAAAUACUCUGGUUUGAUGAAGCCAUUGGCUGCACGUGGGGUAGCAGCAAGGCCUGGAACCCUUCAUGACUUCCACAGCCAUGAGAUUGCUGAACAGUUGACGCUGCUAGAUGCUGAGCUGUUCUACAAGAUAGAGAUUCCUGAGGUUUUACUCUGGGCCAAAGAACAGAAUGAAGAAAAGAGUCCGAACCUAACACAGUUUACAGAGCACUUCAACAAUAUGUCCUAUUGGGUGAGGUCAAUAAUUAUUCAGCAGGAAAAGGCACAAGAUCGCGAACGGUUACUCCUCAAGUUUAUCAAAAUCAUGAAGCACUUACGCAAACUGAAUAAUUUUAAUUCAUACCUGGCUAUAUUGUCUGCAUUGGACUCAGCACCUAUCCGGAGGCUAGAAUGGCAGAAGCAGACUUCAGAGGGCCUGGCUGAAUACUGCACACUCAUUGAUAGCUCCUCUUCAUUUCGAGCAUAUCGUGCUGCUUUGGCAGAGGUGGAACCACCCUGUAUACCUUACCUAGGUCUUAUACUACAAGACCUGACAUUUGUUCACCUUGGCAACCCAGAUCUAAUUGACGGAAAGAUCAACUUUUCUAAACGAUGGCAGCAGUUUAAUAUCUUGGAUAGUAUGCGACGUUUCCAACAAAUUCAUUAUGAACUAAAACGCAUCGAUGACAUUGUUAUGUUCUUCAAUGAUUUUGGAGACCAUCUUGCAGAGGAAGCACUGUGGGAACUCUCAUUAAAAAUCAAACCACGUAAUAUUCAACGACGGAAAACGGAGCGGGAGGAAAAAACCUAGGAUUUAACCAUGGAGGCUUGAUCUUAGAUGGCAGCUAAUGAACCCCAUUAAGUGACUUGCUUUAUGUAACUGAGCUACAGAGAAUGGUUCAUGCCAUGGUGCUACACCUUAAGAGCUUCGUUUCAGAAAGAGCAUAAAACGGGUGGCAGCACUCUAGGGAAAUGUUCCAAGUUUAAUGCCAUUGCCUGCAUUCAGUUUCCUUUCCUACCAUUGUGCCAAGCUGUUUCAAGUGUCCAUCAUUGGACCCACUCAUACAGCUCAAAUUUAUCUAGCAUACCCAGACUGACCCGCAGGUAAACUCUGCUUUGGAGACUGAGAUUUUUGGGUAUAAAGGUACGGCAGUUCACUCAUUGGUAGUGGACUUGUCUAUAGAAUAACAAAUAGUGGUACUAGCAAUUGCACAGAAAACCUUAAAGUAUAAUUCUGUACUGUAGGAGAAAGACUGGCUCACUGUAAAUAAUAGAUGUCUAGUUUGAUGUGUUGUAUUGGAUUUUUUUUUGCAUGUGUAUUGUAUGACUGAAUGCCAGUAAUUCAAGUUUUGAUUGGGAGUGGGAGGGGUGAAUGGUGCAAGCUAAUUAGAAAGCAGACUCUGAAGUGUUUUGGACAGGAUGGUAUUCAAAGGGCAAGGGGUGGCUCCUAGUUGUUCCAUAGCUUCAGAUAAAAGAUAAUCAAAUGCAUCAGAUGCUAUUUCACCUUUCCUGCAUGGACUCUCCUUUUUAAGGUCUAAACAUUUUUAAGGACUAUCUCAGUUCAUUGCUGGAAUCUGAGCUGCAUUUAAAAUAAUAACUAAAAGUUGGAAUUUGUCUGGAGUUUCUGUAUAUAGUGAGUCCACAAAUUAAUUCUUUUAACCCUUCAAAUAGUCAAUGAACUUGCUUUAGUUGUCAGGUCUUACUGUUAGUCAUGGAUGCUACAAUGCAGAAUGUCACCUUUACUUGCUUUGAAUUGUUAGCCAUCAAGCUAUUAAUGUUGUCCAAGUUUGCACGUCUGCAAAGGAAGCAUACCAUGCUUGUUUAUUUGCAGUAAUCAUUGGAUAAGCCUGAAGUGAUGUUAUACCUUCUAGCAUUUAGGGUGUUGAAAAGUGGUCCUCAAUAAUAUUUGGCAUGAGUCCAGAUAAGGUCAUGCUUAGAAAUCCAACAUAAAACCCCAAAGUACAGAAAUUUACUGGUUGUUUUCAACGCUACUGAUUCUAUUAUUGGAUAGGAUUAGCCUUUAGUUCAUCUAUCAACAGCAGACUUGAAAUGUGCUAAAUGAUUGUUGAUAGAGAAAUGGGGAUGAUAGAGUUUGGUUCUUCCUGAACCAAACAGGUGUCAAAAUUUUCAGCACAGUUGUUGCUGUAGUCCUUGUUCUUUAGCAGAUGAUUUGGUUUUAAAAUGUCCAAGUCAUUCUUGAUAACUUGAAGUAUGAACACAAAAAUCAUUUGAACUAUCUAGUAAUAAAUUAAUGUCAGAAGUUCUUGGAAUUUCAGUAAGAAGGUUAAAAGUCCUGGCCAAAAUUAUUUCCUUAUAAAUCUGUGCUUCUCAAAUGUUGUCUACAAUGACAAUGGUAAUUUCAACUUGAUUAAGAAUAUUAAUUAGGGCUUUAAUUUCUUUAACAAAUUGUAGAUAGUAACUUUCUUUUUAACUGAAUCAUGGAAAAUUCAGAAGAGGCUAGUUCAAAGAUAAGUGUUGCCACUUCCCUAUUGAUGAAUCAUAAAAUAUAGUUUGAUCAGAGGAUAAUUUUCUUCUAUUUGCAACUCUCUUUAGGAGAAGAUUGGAUCUAAAUAGUGAUGAUAAAGUGUGAGCAAUCAAAUAUGUCCCAGGUUAUCAAUACUAGCCAUAUUUUGUCUGAAUUUCAGUUGGUAACAGUAGCUUUGCAUUCAGAUAUUUUAUAGGCAUUGAAAUUAAGACAUUAGCACGGGUCUUCAUUCUCAUCUCCGCUAUGUCUUUGUUAUCAUAAGAGAUCUCUGGGGUAGUAAGUGCUCUGUGGGGAGGGGGAGGAUGAAGAGAGGGAAGAAGAUAGCGGUUUUCAUCCACUUCCAGCAGCAGUUGUUGAGAAACAUUAAACUUUGGUUUUCAAACACUGCCAAUUGAGGUUACUUGCUGUUCUAGCCAAGAUGCAUCUUUGCACUGAGUAAUCCCACUGCUUGCCCCAACCUUCAAUCUUUUCACCCCAAGCCAGUACAUGUUGGGGAUUAGUGUUGAGUUCCUGCCAAAGCAACAAGGAAGGCAGGGGUUCAUUAAGUUUCUGCCACAGCAUGCAGUUAGGCAUGUUUUUUUCCCUCCCUAAGUAAAGGGUUCAGCCUGAAAUACCAAGGGUGCUGUAAUGAAUGGUCACUUUGAAGGAUAGCACUAACUAGAAUACCAGUAUUUGGACAUUGUAAAUAACUUUUUUUUAAAGAACAUGAAUUCAUACAUAAGCCAGGUUUUGUUUUAUUUUUGUGAUAGACACUGAGAUUUUAAAUAGGCUUGUGAUAUCUGGCUUGCAGGUUGAAUGAUUGUGCAAAGUGAAGAAUCAGUUUUUGUGUUGUUUUGUAUCUAUAGAUCAGCCUUAAGCCUUUUUAUUUAACAAAUUCUGUACACCAUUGAUCCUAGACUAGGAAGAAUUGGAAAGGUUAGCAAUUCAUUCAGUUUUCUAUUUUUAAUUAAUUUUGUACAGUUUUUUUACCAUGGUGUGGUUUUUAGUUUUCUGUAGCUGCAGUCUAUCAGCUGUAGAAAAUGGACUUACCAUUUCCUGUUUACUUGAGCAUGAGGUAAUGUCAAUAUAGUAUUUUACUGUAUUUUUAAUUGUGCUAAUAUUACUAUUGAAAAUGCUGCCCCUUUCUGACACCACUCCUUAUGCUUCUUCUUUAGUUCCCCACGUUUGCUCCCAGUAUUAUGACCUCCCCUUCCUGCUUUUAGUCAUUGUUUUCUGUUGACAUUUCUUUUAUUUGUUUAUUUCUGUUUUAUCACUCAGCUCUUUCUAUUAAGGAUUCCCCAUGGUGAACUAAACACUCUCCACCACUUUGUCAUGCCUGAUUCAUUAAAGCACCAUUGGGCUGCAAUUGAUAGAUACUAUAAAAAUGGUCUAGUCCACACCUUGAAAAUCAUGUACAAUUCUGUUCUUACCCGGGGACAGAUAUUCCGUCUAUGGAGGGAGUGCAGUGCAGGUUCACUAGCUUAAUUUCUUUGACUGAUAGGAUCAGUGGUGAGGAUGCCCUUUGGUCUGAGAGGGUGGAUGCACAGUUGAUGUUUCUGCUAGUUGAUAACUGGUGAGGGUUAGUCAUAAAAUAAGCAUUCAGCUGUUUGUGACUUUGAGAAACGUCUGUAGAAACUUGGAGGAUCAGUCACCAGUGUUCAAGCUGAAGUAUUUGGCUUGUUGGAUCAUGAGGGAAUGGGGUUAGUGCAGGAAAGUAGCAUGAGCUAAAUGAUUAGUCAUGACCUUAUUGGAAGAGUAGAGUGAACAUGAGGGCUAAAUGCUUAACUUGUGUUGAUUCUUUAAACUUAUGUAUUUCAUAAUUCCCUGAUACAGUAUUUCAGGCCAUACUCCAGCUUUUAUUAGAUAAGUUCCAAUCUUUACUCUUGAACAGUGAAAACCAGUAGUAAUUCAGUGGUAUGUAGUGCUGGUAUUUCAAGACAUGAAAUUACUUCUACUCUUGCGCACCUUUUCAAUUAACUGAAUGCGAAGCUGCCUUUUUAAAUGUAUUAAUUAUUUUGGGAGGCGGGUCUAGGCAUCAGAUUUUCCCAUUCCUAAUUACUUUUGAGAAGUUGCUGGAGAGUAUUCAUGCUCGCAAUUUCUGCCUUGCAAAUUGUGGAGAGGCUUUGGGAUGUCACUUGCUGUGUAGAGUGCCUACCCUCUGUCCUAUUCUUGUAGCCAUAGUAUUUCAUUAAAAUUCUGAACUAAUGGCAUGGACUGUCAUAGUUAGAUUGUUAAGACUCUCAUUGGAGAUGGUCAUUGCCCAGCAUUCCCGUGGCACAGUGGCCUUCCUUGCUGCAGGCACGAACUGCUUCACUUGAAAUUGUGCAAUGGACAGUAUACAUCCCCCCGCCCCUGCCCGACCUUGUGCUGUUUAGGAAAAAUCUUAAGUUUAUAACAGCAAGUUGCAUCGGCCUUAGCAUUAUUAUUAUGGUGCUCUGCGAUGUUCUGUUUGGUAAAAUGGCACAUCAAUUUAAAUCUGACAUGGUUUAGAAAUUUCUAUGUUUUAAGCAUCUAACUUCCACAUGUGGUUGGGUGAAGUGCAAGGUAUUUUAGGGUUGUUAAGUGUUGCAGUUUGGAAAGGAUAAACUGCUCAUUUAAUUAGUAGAUAGUGUACAAUAUAGUUCAUUUUGUUGUCUUAGAUCAUGAAGAUCAUGUGUUGAAUCAUAGCUCAGUUUUUUUUUAUUAUCUGAAUUGUAUUCCAUUUGCUUUCUUUAGAAUUUCAUUAAAUUUUCUUCUGCCCAGCCAGGUUAAAGUAUUUCCUAUGGAAAAUUACCUACAAAUUCUAUUGCAGUUUUCUAAAGUAAUGGAACUGAAAACUUCUUAGAUCAGUUGCUGUCAUAUUAUGUGGAUGUUGUUAAUGCUGAAUGGUAUAAUUAACCAGUACAAUUAAUAAAAAUAUUUAGGACUUUACAUUUAUAGCUCCCCCUGUUUAGGCAGUUUCAAGUAGCAGGAAGGGAUGAGAUCCAGAUUGUUAGGCUUUGAGUGAAUUUUGCUUAUGAACAGCUAUUUAUUUAUUGUGAUGGUUGUGUGCAGAACUAACACAAAUGUAUUCAAACUAUAUUUUCUGAUGACUGUCAGACUGAAUGCCAGUAGUUUAGUAGUAAGAAUGUCCAGUGCCUAGCUGUUAAGCCCUAAAGAAAAUUGUUCUGAAAGGAGAAUGGUGUUAAUAUGUUGCAUAGAAUAAACUUCAGCUUUGUAAAAUGUCACAUUGAUAGUUCCUAAUCAGAAAUGAACUUACUGAAAAUUAUCAUGGCCAUUCUAAAGUGCAGGACCAGUUAUGUUUAAGGCCUAAUGAUCCCUUGCACAUUUGACUUCUCUGGAGUUUGAAUUUUGCUAAGAGAUCAGCAGUUAAAUUUAGGUAAGUGAUCAACAUCCUUUUUGGAAAAAGGAGAAACUUUUUCCCUUAAGUGGUACAUUACGUUGGCAGUUAUAAUUUUAUUUUCUUGUGUUCUCCUUUUGAAAUCUGAAGAAACAAAUUAAACAUGUAGAGUUUCCUGAAGAAACUAAAGCUUUAUAUAUGAUAAGCAUAUGAACUAUUUCAAUUUUAACAGUAAAUUGUAUCUGAAAUAGGACAGGUCUGUCAGUUUUGGAAACUGUUCAUGUCCUAAAAGGAAAUAAAAUGCACUUGGAAGUGUAUUGUAUAUGUUUGAUUUUCUGUGGAUGUGGAUUCAACAACCAAGAACUAGUUUUUUUUUUCCUAACUUUUGACCUAAGCUUGUACAUUGUGAAACAAUACAUUUCUUAACAAUUAUUUUGAUUUAAGUUGUUUGAAAUAAAAGGGAGCAUGGGACAUUUCCACAUGUAGGGCCAUCAAUAAGCCCUUACCAAAGCACCUUACUUUCAGUUGUGGGGUUGAACUUGCACCAGCUGCAGGCUGAUUUUUUAAAAAAAGUAGUUGGUCACUUAAGUGUUCUGGAGUUCCAACAUAAUGUACGGCAUCUAUUAAUAACCAUCUGACUUGAGGACCACAGUUGUUUGUCACAAACCAUUAAUAAAUGAUUGAUUUUUACAUUUUCAAA